CGAGAGGUACCCAGUCAUGGGACAUUAGCAAAGCGGCAGUGAAGUUGAAGGAAAAUGGCCCACCGUGGCUUUGCCUUGGUCCUUGGAUUGUUGGGAUGCUUUCUUCUCGCCGAGUGUGCAGUUUUUAUUAAUCAGCAAAAGGCAAGUUCUGUCUUGCGCCGGUAUAGAAGGUAUAACUCUGGAUACCUUGAAGAAGUUCGUCAAGGGAAUCUUGAACGGGAGUGCAUUGAGGAAGUCUGUGAUUUUGAAGAAGCCCGAGAAGUUUUUGAAGAUGAUGCUCAAACGGUGAUAUUUUGGAAGACAUAUAUUGAUGUUUGCUCAGCGGACAAUGGAGAUUGCGAGCAGAUUUGCAAAAAUGAACGAAGAGGAAAGGCAGCUUGUUCCUGUGUUGAUGGAUACAACCUGUUGGAAGACCAGAAGACCUGUGAACCAUCAGGACCUUUUUCUUGUGGAACGAUUACAUUGCCAGAAACUAUAACACCCAGACUCUCACCGGACCAGAGCAACAUCAACGAUACCAAAAGCCACCAAGAGAAGUCAAACAUUGCUCAGGUUGUCCUCCCGAGAAGAAUACCUACUCAAGACUGGGGUCAGUUUAAUAGCAGGAAAGGACAAGUUCCAUGGCAGGUUUAUAUGUUCAGCUUCGAUAGAAAAGGAUUUUGCGAAGGGGUGUUAAUUAGCGAUAAGUGGGUCCUCACAGCAGCGCAUUGCCUGGAGUAUAAGCCUCACACAAUUGUGGCAGGAGAAUAUGACACCAGCGCCUUCGAGCACUCCGAGCAGCUCCGUCAAAUCCUGAGGGUGUUUCAGCAUCCUAGCUACAAUGAGACUAGGAAGUAUGAAAACGACCUCGCUCUUCUGGAGCUCAGCGCACCCUUGGCCCUGAACACAUACGUCACCCCCAUUUGCAUCGGGAACAGGGCGCUCACUGAGUACCUCCUGAAGAACGGAAGAGGCACUCUGAGUGGCUGGUGGAAGAUUCACUAUUUACAGAAGAUCUCAAAUACCCUUCAACUGGCCGACAUUCAUUAUGUUGACCAGGCCCAAUGUCUGCAGAAUAACGACACCCAACCAUCUCCCAAUACCUUCUGUGCAGGCCACCCCACCUUGGUCAGAAAGGUCUACCAUGGCAACAGUGGCGCUCCAGUUGCUACCGAGAGGAACAACACGUGGUUUCUUACAGGCAUCGCGACUUGUGGAGCGGAGUGUACUGGGGACGAACCUUACGAGAUCUUCACUUCGAUUGCAAAUCACAUCGCGUGGAUACGCAGUGUGAUAAGCGGGGAGCAGUGAGGAAGAGUUAGAGUUCCUAAUUUCUUUGCCCCUUUCAUUUAAUUACAGUACAUAACACUUACGCAAAAAUAGAUCAUGCUUUAGUCUGUGGGUGUUGUUUUCACUGUAAUUGGAUCCAAUUUCCGCAGGAAUUAGCAGGGAAUAUAAUACAGGUAGAGGUGGCAGAGCCCAGUGGGUAGAGCCCUUGGUUUGAAGAAUUCAAAGGCCCAUUUUUAACCCCAUCGUUCCAAGUCCAGUCAAACCCCACACCACCAUCUGUUUUCUAAGCACCGCCUUCUUACCUGGCUGGAGGGAAGGGAAAACACAGGAGUAGAAAACAGUGGAUGGCAAAUGAGCCUGAGAAAUGCGUGUUGAAAUGCGGAAAUGUGUAUGAUUAUGAAGUAUAACGAAAGCAAUAAAUAAAUAAAUG